AUUUCCUUCCUUAAAUACUCACUUUGCGAGGACAAGUUGACGAUAAAUUCUAACAAAAACAAAAAAUCCAAAUAAAGGGAACACAAGCCAAAGUUCAUAUAAACUAAAAUGGCUUUGUUAAACCCAGUUAAGAAACUUAUCAAUGUAGGCAAAUUUGGAGGUAGAGUUGCUUCAGCUGUUAGGCGAAGAUAUAUUCAAGCAAGUUCAAAGCAAGAGGCUCAAGCAUGUGAGAGAGCAAAGGAAACUGUCAAACAAGGAGUUAAUGAAGCAAAGGAGGUGAACAAGAAGGCAAAUAGCAAAGCGCAAAGUGCAUGGGACUCAGCAAAAGAGACUGCUCAAAAGGCUAAAGACAAUAUGUUUGGAAAAGCCGAUGAAUCGAAGGAAGUUAUUAAACAAAAUGCAGAAAAGAUUAAGCAAAGCAUGAACAAAAAGGACUGAUCAUUUAUUACAUUUUAAAAUCUUAAAACA